AAUUACUUAUCGUCAAUUGAGAGUAUAAUCAAGUGUUUCUAACAAAUCUGCGUUUUAUUUUAUAUCUUAGACGAAAUGAAGACAAUUUUCGCAUUAUCCUUAGUGAUAGCCUUAUGCGGUGUAAGUGUUCAUGGCCAAGACGGUUUCCUGCCGAAUUACCAGUUGUCAGGAACGUUUCUUCUGGAACCAUCCCAGACUGUAGCAUUCCCUAUGUACGCUCUACCGCAAAACAGUUCAGAAUUGAUUCAGCAACCUCUUGCAAUCGACCCAUCAGUCUUUCAACAACCUGCAUUCUUUAUACCUCAAGCCCCAUCUAUGGGUUACCCUCCACAAGGUUUUGUACCCAUCAAUCAGUUUCCAGUUGCCCCACCUCAGACCUGGCCCGGCAUUCCCAAUCCCCGGGCAAUUGUUCCAUCCCCGAACGUGAACUAUCCUUAUCAACUUGCCCAAGCAGGCGUUCCAGGAUCUUCAGGACAACCACAGGUGUAUCUUUGGCAACCUACAGCAGCUCCUGAGGGAAACAAAAUCUACCCAACCGCUGCUCCUAAAGCUGCACCCCUUUUGCCUUGCCAGCUGCUAAUGCAAAGGAUGAUGGCACAAAGUCAGCCCGCCUUACCUUCAGGACAAUAAAGACAGAUGGGACGUUGUUGU